UGGGGGGAAAUACGGGCUGGUGAAUAGGCAAAUUUAACAAGCAGUAAAUAUUCGUCAUCCUCUUAGCUAAAUUCCUUAAUGUCGCAUCUUCAAAUACAAGAAAGGCAAAAUGUCUUCGUUCAUCACAACCCUUUCUUCCAAGACUCAAUAUACAACAUUUUGUCUCCCUGCACACUUCACCUCACAACCAACCUCCCUCGGUGCCCUACACUCACCCCUCUCUUGGUUCCUCUUCUCCACUUCAACCGUAGUCUCCCAACUCUCUUCUAUACCAUUGAUUGUAGUGGGGGACGGUAUUAGUAACCCUGCAUACGAAGACGCACACCCCUGGAACGCCCCCUCGCCCUCCUCACAACAUCAACCUCAUCCUCUCCCAUCCAUUUUUCAAGUGCCGCCUUCCCACCUUUUCUCUCUCUCUGUCUUCAUUAACAAUUCCUGUUCCUCUCCGUCUCCCAAAAAACCUUCCGAAAUUUACUCCCAGCUCCUAGCCUGGCACCCAAGACCCCUCCACCACCACCAAGGCCCUGCGCUUGAGCACUCAACCUCUCCUGCUUGUCCAGCCGCAGGAACAAUCUCGUCGGCUCAUCGCCACCAACAACAUACACCGCCUCCAACUUCUUCAGCCCUACAAUCAACUGCCCCACCAUAGUUCUUCGCUCGAUUGUCAUAGCCCCAUGCAUCAGUAGGGUUGCCUACAACUCUGCGUAGUUCUAAUCCUUCAACGUGAUAGCGAAUCCGCUUAAUCCUCUGGGCCUCCUCCCUCGCCACGAAAUCAGUGACAUCAAGUCGCACGCUCGGUGGUAUCAUGGAGAAACGGCCGGGCAGGCUCAAGAUAUCGAUUGAGGGACGGAGAUAGAUUGUUUCUAGCACGGGUGGCUCUAGGGGGAAGGAAUCGAGAAAGAGCCCGGUACGCCGGAGU